AUGGAUGAUUUACAGCGACAUAUUAAAACGUGGUGCCCCAUUAACAAGUCUGUGUCAUUCAGAAAACGUGCCAGGUACGAUGAAGAUACGGACAAAGAUGAUAAUUUCCUUGCGCAAAAAGAAGAAGGAUCACCAGCUGAUAAGAGACCAUUGUCAUUAACAGCAGCGACGUUGUGCCCGCCGCCUCCACCGCUGCUAAACGGCAACGUUGUCUACAGUUCACUGCUGGUAGGAAGUGUAGCGUCAUACAGCUGUAGGAAGGACUACAGAUUUCUUGGACUCAGUCAGUCAAGUGUUUGUGACCCUUCAGGAUCGUGGAAUGGAGUUAACUGCUCCUGUCGGCGUGUUGUUGUUUUCAAUAAUUCACCGAUACCGUUCAAAGAACGAAUUCCAGGAACAGUUAAAGCUGGGUGGAAAGUAGAAAUCUCAGGCACGCCCCUCAGUGGAAGCAGAAUGGAGGUAGCAUUGGGAUGUGGAGCGCAGUGCUCCGCACUUGCACUGAGCAUCAGAUUCCAUUACGAGUGUGACACCAACAUAGUGUUGCGUUACUCACGCGACGGGAGUGAAUGGCACGAUGGAGAUAGAGAUCAACCAUAUUUCCCAUUCGCUAUAGGAAGACCAUUUAACCUGACAAUCCUCGUCAAGGAUUCUACUUUUAAACUGUACGUGGACGAAGCAUAUUUUGUUUCCCGGGCACACAGCUUUACCAUCACCCAGAUAAAUCAAGUAUUCAUUUGGGAAGGUUGCCUUAUUGACUCAGUUAAAUUCAUCUACUAGUAUUUCUUUCAAAUUAUAUGUUAAGCUACUAGGCUAGUAGACACUAGCUGGAUGAAACCAAUCUACAAGAAAAAACGAAACCCAAAAGAACCGGAAUCGUAUAGACAUAUCACAAGCGUAAUUUGUUUCGGAAACCUGUUUACAUCCAACAUCCAAUUACAAGUAAAAUAAUAACUACAUUUCUGCAGUCGACAGAAAAUCUCAAUACCGUAUUUGAAAUUAUAAAACAACGAAAGAAUUUUUUUUUUUAUAUAUUCUUCCUUUAUUGACUUUUCAAAAGCAUUCGAAACAGUUUGGCGAGCAGGUUUUUGGCAAAACGUGUUAAGUGUUUAGAUAUAAAUGGAAAAUGUCUGAUAAUUAUUAAGAACAUUUAUCAAGGAAUUAAGUCAUACGUUAUGUUGGUGCUACACGAAAUACGGUUUCGCCAAGUGGCAUCGAGGAGCUUUGAACUGGAAGUGAAUAGAACUGGAAGUUGAACAUAUCUCCGUUGACACAGCGCCAGCGAAAGCCCACGGAAGCGCUCUGGAACGUGUUACACCAAAUACGGUUCCCAUGUAACAGGACGGUUCUGUUGCUUUUAUAUGACGUCAUUUUAAAUGGCGUUAGGUAAUUUACCUGGCUUUUUUUGCAUCUAUAUGACGUCAUUCAGUUUUCCUUUACCUUUAAAGUAUAUAAAAUAGUAGCCUGCACAAUGGCAUGUAGGGCUUCCAUACGACGUGCCGUCGGAAAUAGAACCAAACUGAACUGAAAUGGAUUCAAAGCGUCUGGAGGUGCCACAAAGCACUUGGUAACCGAAUUUGGUGUAGCAACAACAGGAACAGUACUGGAAGUAACCGUGCUUGGUGAUAGCAGAUCUACCUGUCUUACAUCUCGUUCUGUUAAAAACAAAUAUGAUAGAUGACAAUCAAUUUGAAUGCAACUAAAACAGUGUUGUAAAAGUUAAUGAUCCUCUGAAUAAUUGAAAAAACAAAACCGAAGAGAUCUGAUUUGUGUUUCCUAAUAAAGCACCAAACUAAAGCAUCAAGCGCCUUUUCAAAAUCUAAUUGUAAACAAAUUCCAAGAAUUAUUUCUUUGUUAGUUUUACCUAGUAUGCCAGACGUUAGUCUUGUAUUUUCACCUAUGCACCGAGUUUUCAUAAACCUUGAUUCUGUUUCAGUGAUCAUGUCAUUUCAAACAACGUUAUAUUAUGUUUGCGAUUGUUGGUAAAUAUUUGUAGAUUGUAUAACAUAUGUGUAAUCUGACUAUGGCAAUAAAACAUUGUGUGGUUGAAAGUGAUGUUCUGGCCGUGAGAAAUAACCAACCAAUCGAUGUGAAUGAUCAACCAGACAAUAAAUAUUACUCCGUAUAUUUGAGCCCACAUCGGUAAUGUGCAUAUGUAAUAUAAAUAACUAAAUAUAGCUUAUCACCAGAGUGGUUUUUUUUGUGUGUUUUUUUGGUAUCGACAAUAUCAUAUGCAUAUAUACUCCUCCAAAAAAUGUUAAGGAUCGGUGUUUACUUUGCACAUAAUAUCAGAACCAGAAAAGAUAAAAUGCUUAAAUUUGGUUUCAACUAUAGUUGUUAAUUCAUUAAUUGUUUGUGCAUGUGGUUAUCUGUAUAAGAUGUGAUUAAACAAACAAUUCUGAGAAAAAAUAAAACAUAAAAUUCAUACUGGUUUUCAAUGAUCAGCGGAACAGAAAUUGUCAUUAUGUGUGAAAGUCAGUUGACCAAUUGCUCUUUAGUAGCGGGUAUGACCACCACGAGCAUUAAUCACUGCUCUGCAACGUCACUGCAUGCUCUGUAUCAAGUGCCUAAUGGCUUGCAGUAGAAUGUUCUGCCAUUCUCUAAUCAGAGCAUUUGCAAGGUCGUCUAUGGUUCUUGAUGAGUUAUUAAGUUUUGAAAUGCGUGUCUGAAUUUGAUCUCAGAUGUGUUCGAUAGGGUUACGGUCGGGAUAAACAGCUGGCCAAUCCAUUCUUUCACUUGUCUCUUCUUCAAGGUAAUCCCUCACAAUUCGUGCUCUAUGUGGCCGUGCGUUAUCGUCCAUUAGCACAAACUCAGGACCAAUUGCACCUGCAAACGGUCUCACAUAUAGAUGAAGGAUCUCAUCUCCGUACCGAAUUGCGGUAAGAGCUCCAUUCAUGAUGGCGUAUAAGUCUGUACGACCAUCCAAAGAUAUUCCACCUCAUACCAUAACUGACCCACACCAAACCGAUCAUGUUGCAAUAUGUUACAGUCAGCAUAUUGCUCUCCAGGUUGACGCCAAACACGCCUACGACCAUCGUUAAAGUCCAAACAAAAUCUUGAGUCGUCUGUAAACAGAACAGGACGCCAAUGACGACGUUGCCAUCUGACGUGGUUUCGCGCCCACAACAAUUGAGCUUGACGGUGACGUGGGAGCAACAUUGGCCUUACUGCUGGUCUACGGUCUCGGUAAUUGGCUGCAUGGAGUUUGUUUCUCAAUGCUUGUGGGGUGAUGCGGACCCCAGUGGCCUGGUGGAAUUGCCUAUUCAGGUUUUCAGCACCAUCAAAACGAUUUCGACGAGCCAAUGUCACCAUAAAUCUGUCUGGACGCUGUGUAGUAGCCCGCGGUCUUCCACACCUGUGUCUAUCACGCAAUUGUCCAGUAUUGCUGUAACGUGUUUACAAUCUGGAAAUAACACUUUGUGAUACUGCAAGUGUUCUAGCCACCUGUCUUUGACUUUGACCACUUUCAAUGUGGGUUUUUUUUUUCUUUCUGAACGCUGGACAGCUUUUAGUCUAAAAUUGCCACGGAAAUGUCAUGACUAAGAAUGCAUACGUCAAGUAUGCAGUGCCAUCCUAGUACGUUUGCAUUCAUGCUUUUGUUGUUGUUGCUGUUGUUGUGUGUUUCUGUUUCCUUAAUCAAUGUGUAUACAUGUCUACUCUGCAAUAGCAUUUUCCAUUAAUUUAUCAUAUGCAUGUUGUUUUUUUAUUGCUUCGAUAUUUCUCACGUUUGUUUUCUUCACGAUAUCCAAAUAUGUUUCCCUGAAUAAUCCGGCCUGUUGCACUAAAGUACUGCGAGUCAGUGAGGGCUGGCGGUGUAGUAGACGUGGCUUAAAUUAUUUCGGUUGAUCGAGAUAUGAACGAAAUAAAACGUAAGCACCUCUGGACCAAUCAGAUUGCCGUAAAGCGUAUAGACGCAAACACAAUUUUUUGUUUGUUUUAUUAAUAACGAGGCCCAACUCAAAAAAGUUCAGCCACAACUACGAGGAGAAAUGACGUCAUAUUUCAACUGCCCAGUCUGAGCUAGGAUGGAGAAGCCACGUAAUGUUAUGACGUCGCAUUCUAAAAUUAUGUCAUUAAACUUGUUGUUACACGUAUGCUUUGUAUAAUUAUUAUUAACUCGGUUAUGUUGAACCACGUGGGUAAUAUGUAUGUAUGUAUGUAUGUAUAUAUAUAUAUAUAUAUAUAUAUAUAUAUAUAUAUAUAUAUAUAUAUAUAUAUAUUCAUAUAUGUAUAUAUAUGUAUAUAUACAUAUAUCACAAACCACCAAGAGUUCAGUAAUAUAAUAUGUUUUGACAUAUGUGUUGUUUUGCUCUAAUUAAGAUGAUUUUUUUUUUUUUUAAUGACGUCACGCCAUAUUGACAUCAUUGGGAUAAACAGGUUAAUUAUACAUUCUCAUUUCUAUUAUUAAAAUGUUGUUCUUAUGUUCAGGAUCUGUAAUAGAUAAAAAAGCAGUCUAAAAUUGCAUAUAUACAUGUUGUGAGAACAGACAUUAGACCAGUAAUUGAAAAUACUGAAAUUGAAAAGUGGAAAAGCUCAUGUCAAGUAUAAAAAUAUAAUAAUAAUAGUGCAUAGACCUAAAUGCAUUUCAUAGGAUUUAUUUCUUAAAAUACUAUAAAGACAAGAUUAUUAAAUGAUCUAACAUUCUAUAUAAAACAUUGGUUCAAUCUACAGAAGUACAAAUUUGUCCCACUUUCACUGUAUUGUGUGUGUGUCUGUGUGUGUGUGUAUACAACGAUUUUCAAUGUGUGGUGUGGUUUGUUUUAUCGUGGAGGUUUUUUUUAGGUUUUUUCACUUUGGUGUAUGUCUCUCUCUCUCUCUCUCUCUCUCUCUCUCUCUCUCUCUCUCUCUCUCUCUCUCUCUCUCUCUCUCUCUCUCUCUCUCUCUCUCUCUGCUGAGCCUUCGCUAGAACUAAAUUAUCUGUCCCAUCAGUGUUAUUUUAGCUGUCUAUAUGUCCAUCAAACUCGUGAUCCAUAUCAAAUGGGAAACCACCAAAUAUGUCAUAUCUACUUAUUUCACUAACUACAGUAAACAUUUGCUUAAGCCAUAUUAUUAUAGUAAAUGAAGUGCGUUGGAAUACAAACAAGUAAUGACGAAUAGCAAAAUAAGUGUACAUUAUUACAUCAAUAAACGAAAUUAUUUAUAAAUGCAGUAGACCCUAAAAUAACACUAUCCUAUAUAUAGUGCUUACAAUGUAUACAUAUGUAUAUGUGUGUUUCUGUGCGGGCGUGCGCGUGUCUUAUUGUUCAUUGCAUUUGUAUUGUACUAUUGUCUCUAUUACUUUAUUGCAUUUGUAUUAAUACUAUUGUACUGUUGUCUUAUGUAAACCGAAUGUUGUCACUACAGUUUAUGUAUCAUGCUCGUCAUAUGCCGUUGUGUAACGGCCUGAGCGUAAUAAAGUUGUGAAUAGGGUAUACAUGUAUAUGUAGAGAGAAUAAGAUAUAUAUAAUUAUAGUUAUAGUUAUAUCUACACUUCACAAGGCGUACCGGUGAAUAUACUUUGCAAUAACCAUGAAUGGAACGUGAUAUUUCAAUAUGCAUGUAUAUAUAAACUCCUGUGACUCAAACCUCGACGUCUCAAACCGAAGCGACGGUGUACAAUACGUUAACAACUAGUAACAACAGACUUCAAUAAACAUUU